UAAAAACACAAUGACGAUUCGCUGAACCAUAACAUUUCAUAUUGAAUUCUGCUACUAGUUAGUCGUCAUAAACAAAAUUAACUGGAAGUGAAAAUCGUGAAAACCAACAUAGCUCUUAUCUGAGUGAAAAAUGGCAUUUAUCAAUGUGUGCGAAAGAUCCCCAUUGGUCUUAUUUCUUCUAAUACCGAUUCUAGCGGAGAGUACAAUAACAAUAAAAAACAAACCACUACAACCCUAUGAUGUUCGAAUGUCACAAUUCAAUAUGGCACACAUGAAAGGUGAACUUGACAAUAGUACCUUUUCUCUUUUUAAAAACCUGAAUGGUUUGAAGAUUGAAAAAUGUGCUAUAAGCCAUCUUACUCCUAACACCUUCGAGAACACUCAUCUGGAAAUAUUAGAUAUUAAUGACAAUAUAGAAUUUCCUACGAUAACUUCAGACACAUUUAAGUAUCUUCAAAAACUGAAGGUAUUCAGAUUUACUUCCAACUCAUACACAACUAUAGAAGAGGGUUCUUUUACAAAACUGGAAAACCUUGACGUACUUGUGAUCAGUCAUCAAUUCUUGAAAAAUAUUACCAAAAGUUUUCUAGAGGGAUUGAAUAACUUGAGAGAGUUGUCUUUAACAUUUAACGAGGUUGAAUAUAUUAAUCAAGACGCCUUUGAACAUAUGAAAGAGCUUACUGCGAUAUUCCUAGGAAAUAAUUUAAUCAAAACUAUAAUCCCAGGAACAUUUAAAAACCAAUUGAAGCUUGAAGAUCUUCAAUUACAAGAUAACCAACUUGGUAAUGAUGAAAAUUUUCACAACAUCAACUGGAAAAAUUUUGAUAGGAUUAUAAGUCUACGUUUUUUAAAUAUUGCUAAGAACUACCUGAAUUACAUAAACAUAAAAGAUCUUGUAACUACAUUUCCACUAUUAAUUUCUGUUAAUUUUUUACCGAAUAAUAUGACCUGCUCUAACGAGUUGUACAUAACAAAUAAAUUGAGGCACUAUAGAAUUCAAAUAGAAUAUUAUGGAAAUGACCUUUCAAAUUGUAAGAAGUUUGAUCUUAGUCUAGGGACUGUAGUUUUUGAUACAAACGGUUUCAAAUAGCUUAAUUCACCAUUAUUUCUCUCUUACUUUAUUGACAAUCAUUCUUCAUUAGUUGAUUAAUGAAUAAUAAUAAUCUUCAUUUUGAAGUUGCAUCCAUGAAAAAUUGGUGAAUAUUCUUGAUCCAAAUUGAAGAUUAAUAUUAUCAUUUCGAAUUUGCUAAUCUAACUUUUAAUGAUUCAACUAAUCCUUUCUUCUGUCCUUAGCAGCAAUUCAAACACCCUGCUUUUGAAUUAAUCAUUAAAUGUUCUAAUAAUUUUGUACAAAUAUUUUAACCAUGAGUGUAGUACUUACUCUGUUUCAUGACUCAAAUAUAAGUUUUUUGCAUAGAAAAGUGAUAAAUGUUCAACAGUUUAUUCCUGACACUGUUUUAAGUAGAAAAUUUUCCUUUAAUAUAGGUCCACAAAGGAUUACUUACUAAAAUACAGGAUGUUUAAUUUAAAAAAAAAUGGUUUUUCCUCACUAUGUUGGAAACCACAAGAGAUAAAUUGAAUACAUUUUGUUCUGUUUUAAAAGUGAAUAAAUAUAAUUACAUACAUGUUUUAUAAAAGGAAUUUAACUUCUGGAACUUAGGCUGCCAUGGUUUUUUGCAAUAUUUAUUUUUUGAAUGUCAAAGGUCACUUUGAUAUAUUUCGUGAUUUCCAAAAUAUUUAGGAAAAAAGAUUUUUUUUCAAACUUCAACACCCUGUAUUUUGGUAAGGAAACAUUUGUGGACCUACAUUCAUGAAACUGUUUCCUUAAAACAGGAUCAGAAGCAACCACUCUCUAUUUAAGUAUUAAUCUCUUUUCUGUAUUGUGGAAAGUUUUUUUUUAUUUCUUCCAUAUUGAAUUUAUCCAUAAAAUAUACAAUGCAGUAGUAGAUACGAAAAUUACCAGAAUGUAAUAUCCUUACAAUGUCUUUGACAACCUUCUGAAGCAUUUUCCAUAGCAAAAGGCGACGAUAGAACGUAUCGAAAUUAGAAUGAAUAGAAUAAAAGGCGUUCUAUGCUAGAUUGUUCGAGUUGAAUAAUAUGUUCUCCCAAUAUCAUUAUGACGGAAGUAAAAUAUCUAAUACUUUCAUUUAUAUCCAAACAAAGACACACACUCGAUAUUCCAUCAUAAAAUUAAAAUAUUUAUCUUACGUUAGUUUAGAAAUGUACAAAAUAAGUUGUUAUAUUAUACACAUUGGAGGACUGAUCCCUGAUCGAUGGCAGUUUGCCUAUAUAUAAAACAAUCAUAUCGUAAAUAUAUCGAAGGUGAUUAUACAUAUUGUCGAUGUAUAUGACAAGAAAUUUGGUAUUUGUUUCAUGUAGUUGCUGCUUGAGAAAUUCAUUUUAUUAAGUGCUUUCUUUGAAAUGAUCAUUAUAUAUUUUGAUGGUGAA